AUGGAUGGACAAACUGCUGCUGACUACACAUUCAAGAGGAAGGAUCCGGCCAUCACAUUGGCUGCGAAAUCGUCAGUAAAGAUUGAUGGUGGGGCAGUACAGGUGGAUGCCAAGCUGCUUUUCCAGCGACUGACAAUUGCUGCAAAAGCUACAGAGGAUCUGGAGUCUGUGUUCAAAUAUGAGCUGUGCAGUUCCCACCAGCUCUGUAUCUGCGCGCAAUACACAGAGUAUGUCACAAAGAAGUAUACACAGGCAACAGUCGUGUUUGAUGGAUAUGAUAGUACAUCAACAAAUGAUACAACACACCAGAGACGUACGAGAGGGCAUGUUGGAGCAACUGUGACGUUUGAUGAAGAUAUGCAGGUCACAAUAAAAAAGAAACAAUUCCUGGCAAACAAGACAAACAAGCAGCGCUUCAUCAACAUGCUCAGCACCAAACUACGGGCACAGAACUGCCAAACACAUCAUUCUGCAAGUGAUGCUGAUCUCCUCAUAGUGCAGAACGCAGUGGAGUCUGCAGCCACCACUGAUACAGGGCUGAUCGGAGAUGACACAGAUCUGCUCAUCCUGCUCAUCUACCACACCAACCUCAAGUCAUGUGACCUGUUAUUCCAACCCGAACCAAAGAAGAAUGUGAAGAAACCGCGUGUCUGGAAUAUGAAGUCUGUCAAGCAGCAGUUAGGCCCUAAUGUAUCACAGCACAUCUUCUUCAUACACGCUCUCCUGGGAUGUGAUACUACUCCCCCCGCGUGUAUGGCAUUGGCAAAGGAGCUUCCCUCAACAAAUCCAAAACCAGUGCGCACUUCCGUGAACAAGCCAAUGUAUAGCAUUGUCCCCAAUGAUACGCUGACACAAGGUGAAACUGAAGAACAGCGUGCCAUUAAUGGCGAAAUAGAUGAUUCAACAAGCAAUGAUCCUGCGGCCGAAGAUGGCGCUAGUAGUAGUGCUAAUGCUGAAGGUGGCGCUAGUAGUGCUGCAGAGGAGAAACGUGAGGAGACUUUCUACAAUUUUGAUGACUAUGUUUCGAAGCCGACUUACACCCAGGAUUCACAGCUUCCCUUAGAUGUCCUCACCUUGUAUCACUCGUUUGGCUACGAUUGCAAGAAGCGACGUAACCUACACCUGAUGGAUGAAGAAACGGUGAUAUUCGCUGCUGGCAACUUGCUUCAGAUACUCAACCUUCACACGACAGAGCAGAGAUACUUCCGCACCAGCGGUGGAGGGGGCAUCGGCGCUAUCGCGGUGCAUCCUUCGCGAAAAUAUUUUGCUGUUGCCGAGAAAGGAACACUGCCCUGCAUCAACAUCUUUGAGUAUCCGUCGCUGCGUCUGUACAAGAUCCUGCGCGAUGGCACGCAGAAAGCCUAUGCUUCCGUCGAUUUUAGCCCUGAUGGAGAGCUGCUGGCAUCGGUUGGCAGUGAUCCUGACUACAUGCUCACCGUGUGGAGCUGGCAGCAGGAGAAGACCAUGCUGCGAUACAAGGCCUUCUCCCAGGACGUCUAUAAGGUUUCCUUCUCGCCGGAGAACCCCGGCCAGCUGACGACGAGUGGGUCGGGACACAUAAGGUUUUGGACGAUGGCGAGGACGUUUACAGGGCUGAAGCUGCAGGGAGCCAUCGGUCGAUUCGGUCGGACGGAAAUCUCCGACAUUGAAGGUUAUGUCGAACUGCCCGACGGAAAGGUUCUGUCUGGCUCGGAGUGGGGUAACAUGCUUCUCUGGGAGGGCGGUCUCAUCAAGGUGGAGAUCUCACGCAAGGCUGGCAAGACCUGCCACCAGGGGGCGAUAAUGCAGUUCGUCAUGGACGAGGGGGAGCUCAUCUCUGUCGGACAGGACGGAUUCAUUCGCGUGUGGGACUUUGAGACAAUCGACCAGGCGGACACGAGCGAUGAGAGCGUCAAGUGUGAGCUGGAGCCGAUGAGAGAGCUUCGCGUCGGCAGUAACGCCAUCCUCACCUCCAUGGUGAAGUCCCUCAACCCUGACACACCGACGAUAUGGUACGCUCAGGAUGCUAACGGUGGAAUCUGGAAGGUCGAUCUUGCUAUCUCUCUGACAUCAAAGGGACCGGAGAAGUUGUUUUCCUACCACGGUGGGGAAGUCACUGACUGUGAUGUGUCUCCAGUCAGCCACCUGGUAGCAACAAUCGGAACCGAUGGCACACUGCGAGUGUACGACUACUACGGCAAGAAACCCCUGUGUGACGUGCGAUACGGAGCAGGUGGCUCCAUCGUGCGGUGGAUGCCGAAAGCUGUGGACCGGCGCGGCUCUACGCUGGUUGCAGGCUUCAGCGACGGCGUGGUGCGUGUGCUGAGUCUCGUGCAGCGUGUGGAGCAGGACAUAUCGUCGCAGCAACGCGGCAGCAGCGAGCUGGUGCUCACACAGGUGUACAAGCCUCACAGCGGCCGUGUCACAGCCAUCGCCCUCGAUGCCUCAUCCAGCCUGCUAGCCACCGCCGGAGCUGACAACACCAUCUUCUUCUUCCACGUGGGAAAUAAUGCUCUCAGUCCCCUGGGCUUCAUCACAGUGCCAGCUUCAGCUACCUACCUCACCUGGACACCUGCAGAGUCUUCGGACAGUCGUCUGCUGAUCAGCUGCUGUGAUGGACGCGUGGUGGAGGUGGCAGCACCGAAGCACGGCGACCAUGACAGCAAGAAGACCUACCACAUGACGAAUCUCAACUCGCGAACAUUCACGUUCAAGAGCGUGAAGUCUAAGAUCAAGAGAGCAGAGGAGAGAAAGAGAAAAGAAGAGGAGAAGAAUAAGCGGCAAAAGGAGAAGGAGGAAAGGAUAAAGCGGUUGAAGGCAAAGGGCAUGGAACCCGAAGAGGAAGAAGAAGAUGAGGAGGAGGAGGAAGAAGAGGAGCCAUUGUUCUACCCGGAUGAACCCAGCGCUAUCCUGCAGGGCUUCUACUCCAGCACGCCCGGCAUGUUCUGGUUGACCAUGGAUGGCUACGAUACCGGAUAUCUGUACAGGUGUAGAUUCAUGGAUGAGGAGCAAACAGCUGCCAUGGACCCGGAGCUGGUCGGAGAGCCAUCACUAGCUGUCCAUCUAGAAUGUCUGGACUCAGUAGCUGUCAACUGCAUCAGCUUCAGGUACAUAGAUGACCACAGAUACAUAGGUGACCACAGGUACAUAGGUGACCACAGGUACAUAGAUGACCACAUGUACAUAGAUGACCACAGGUACAUAGGUGACCACAGGUACAUAGGUGACCACAGAUACAUAGAUGACCACAGGUACAUAGGUGACCACAGGUACAUAGGUGACCACAGCGUACGCGUGGACAGGAAGGUGUUUGAACUCGAUCCCGAGCUGAAGGAGCAACAGAGGGCGCUAGCGGACAGUCGCAUCGAGAACGUGAGGAGAGAGUUGGAGUACGAAGCAAUCCGCCACCAGAUAGCGCUGGACAAACUCAAACACAGGUUUAAGGACGUGAUGGAGUGUGAGAGGAUAGAGCUGACAGCGUUUCUCUUCGCGCACACCGUCUCGACCUUCCGCUGCGCCAAGCUGUCCGAGGAAUUCCACCUGGUGAAGGCAGACCUUGCGGAGCGGAGGCAGAGAGCACGCAACAGCCCCCUCACCAGCAAGGAGGGAAGCAUGGUCAGCCGUGAAGGCACGGCCACGCAGCUCAGACCGCCACCUAGUGACGGCUCUAAGGCCGAGGUUUCGGUGAAGGAGUCGUCGUCAGGACUGAUGCUGAAGUCUUCGCGCAUGGCCGACACCGCUUACAAGGCUCUCAACAAGGCAGAGGAGAAGAAGAGGAAGAAGGCACAGAGGCGAGCCGAGUGGGACGCUCUGUACGCGAGCCGGCCGGACGAUAACUACGAGGACCCGGCGUAUCUCGCCUCCAUCCGCGCGGCGAGGGACAACAUGGGCGACUACAAGCUAAAGACAGCCGAGGAUUACGUCGUACCAGACCACCUGCGCAUGAACACCGACAAGAAGCGUGCGCAGCUGCUGGAGCUCAGGAGUUCGGACGGUGGCAGCGAUGAGGACGACAGCGACGACGACGACUCUGAUUGGUCGGAGUCCGAGGACGGGUCAGAUUCGGAUGGCGGCCGGGGACUGGACGAUUCCGUGUGUCCGGCGGGCUGCGAGCAGACGAUGUAUGACACAGUGUGCGCGCUGCGGGAGAACAGGCUGGACAUAGAGGAAGCUGUGACAGAGGAGAAACGAAGCUGUGAGAUGACGCGGAAAGAACACGAAGCCAUCAUGAAGAAAGUGAAGAUCAUAGAUGGAGUGCUGCAUGCAGAGGAAUCUGACCUAGAGGCGUUCCAGCUGGAGAAGCAGAGGAAGCUGAAUGAGUUGGAUGUAGUCGUGACGCUGCGGCUGGAGCAGAUCCAGCACGUCGUUCACGCUCAGCUUCCUGCCGACCUGCAGCCCAGCAUCGUCAUCGACGCCGCCACGCUGCGAGGCCUGCAGCUACGCAUCCACCAGCUGCAGCAGGAGAAGACCGAGCAGCGCAAACAAUACAGCAUCAAGAAAUGGUCAGGGAAAAAGGUUCAACAGACAUCACUGCUACUCUACAUCGGCAAUGACCAAAGUGAAGACGAUGCGGUGGCUAAAGAGAAAGAAUGGGUGCGAGUCAGAGGACAGACACUACCAACAGAUGUGUACAAUGUUGUGCUGCGGCAGCAAUUCUGUAAUGAUGGCUACGACAUUCAUGACAUUCAGCAUACCAUUGAUAAACUAGAGCUCGACUUGAUGUUUCUGCAGCGCUGUAGACCGGCUGUGAUACAGUAA